ACCAGCGAGUCAUAGUUGACAUUAUUAAACCUAUUAACUGAUGUUGUGUUCUCCGGUUUGAAAGUAUGUCGCUUAGCCGGGGCAUCGGCAGUGAGGAGUACAUGAGGAAAAAGACACCAAAAAAUGCUAAAUAUGAUCAUAUCAAAACAAGGCUGGACACAGGUUGUAGCCUGACAAAAUAUAUGGCAAGACUGGAGGAGAUUAGAACAAACUACAGGUAUCGAAACGAUGAAAUCUUCAAAAGGUUAAAGGUGACAACUUUUGCACAGCUGAUCCUUCAAGUGGCCUCCGUUUCAGACAUUAAUCAGCUGAAUCGAGGCGAGGAGGAUGGCGAGUCACACGCUCUGCACGACGGUGUGUCGGUGGAGUCUGAUGCAGACCUGGACAGUCUGCCGGACCUCACUAACGGCUCCCCCGUGACUCUGCCUGCCUCACACAGUCAGGCCGCUGGAUACGACAGGGACGUCUGUCCCUCCGCCAGGUCAACUCUGCUCAGUGUGAUCAGUGGUGUGGGAGAGCGGAGCCAAGACCAGUUUAAUCAGCUGUCCAGUGAGCUGGUGUCCAGUCCAGCUCCAGCUGACACGUGCUACCCCGACUGUCCUUACCUGCUGCUGGACGUGCGGGACCGUGAGCAGUAUGACCUCUGCCACAUCAUCAGCGCGCACAGUUUCCCCAUCGCCAUGCUGUCCAGAACAAUGAACCCCUACACCAAAGAGGUGCUGGAAUACAAAAACACCCCGGGCAGGAUCAUUAUUGUGUACGAUGAAGAUGAGAGGAUAGCGAGCCUGGCAGCGACCACCAUGUGUGAACGAGGAUUUGAGAAUCUCUUCAUGCUCUGUGGGGGUCUGAAGGUAAUCGCUCAGAAGUUUCCUAGCGGAAUGACAACAGGUUCCUUCCCAGCGGCAUGCCUGUCCUCUCCCAACUCAUCAAAAGGGAGGAAAUGCUCCAUGAUACAGCAGCCUGCUCAGGCAGCGGAGAAGAGGUGGAGGUUCACGUCCGAAGAGCUGGCAAAGAUCCAGGAGCAGCUGGAAGAGAUGCCCAUUCCUAGCAGCUCCACCAGCCGCAUGUCCGCCAGCAGCAGCAGCCGGUCCACAGCCUCCAGCCGCCUGAGUUCCUCCACAGCUGGAAGACACGGCUCCAGGGUUCAGAGCAGCAGACCUUGGAAGUGACCCGAUCCUGCCUCAGAACAACCAGCAUACCUCCACCACUGCGCUGUUUUGUUUCUAUAGCAAAGAAAAUACUUCACUUCUUAGUUUUGGCUCGACUUCCAGUGUUCCAUGGUUUGAUUUCCAUCUUUAGUUAAUUUCCUUCAAUAAAAUGUGUUUUUUACACACGCUUCAGGAAGUCCUGAGCUGGAUGUGAGCAGAAAAGGAGCUCAGACCUCCGAUCUGGACAACAAUCAGCACCUGAAUGAUGUGUGAGUGAUAUUUAAUAUCUGCUUGUUUACGUUUGGAUUUUUUGCACAGUGCCUGAUCAGUGAACUUGACAAUUCAAAGCUUUUUUGCACUGAGAUCAUUGUUCUUCUCUAACCUGGCAUGUUUCUGUGGAUGACUAGCUCCCAUCACUGGAUGUUUAACGGCCUGUAAUCAGUGGAAUGUGAAGUGUGUGUGUCCUUUUGUGUUAAACUUGUGUGAGGAUGGAGCACCAGCCUUUGUAAGGUGUGUUUGUGGAGACUGGUGUCUAGAGCUAAUGCAGUCGUAGUCACUUAAGGAAAUCAGAUCUUUGUGAAGCGUGAUGUCAUCGGCAUAAACUACGGACACCCUGGAAGGACUGUAUUCAUCAUGGACUUCUGUCAGUCAGAACUUCUCCGCAGCCUUUUUGAUGAGUUAAACCCUUCACCAUCCGUCUCAGAUGAAGUGGUUUCAUGGUUUUAGCUGUGAACGAUUGUGAAAUAAAGACUUGGAGUGUUUGUGA